AGUAAUCUAAGUGAAACAAGUGUUUUACAUGCUACAUUACACGUUACAACGUUCGGCAAUGUUUUUAUCUUAUUUUUGUGCAGCAAAUUUAGGAUCAUCACAAACCCUCCUUCUCCAACGCCUUGUUUUCUUAACCAACAAUUCCCAUUCCAUUUUCACUUUGAAAAAAUGUCUGGUGUAUCUCUAGCAACGGCUCCUCAAGAACAAACAGCACGACCAGGUGCAACCACAGAUGCAAAUGCAAAUGCAAAACAGAAAACCCAAGUACCUUCUGCAGGUGGAAUGAUGGGUUCAUUACGUGUAAUAGAGCUUCAACUUGUUGCGUUUGUGUUAGUUUUAUCCGCAAGUGGUCUUGUUCCACUUCUUGAUCUAGUUUUUCCAGCUCUUGCUUCUGCAUACAUCUUAGCACUUGCACGUUUCGCAUUUCCAACUUCUUCUGCCUCUUUUAAAGAUUCACAUUCACAACAAGAGAUUUUCAAAGGAAGUACCAUGUUUAGAAUGUAUGUUAUUGUUGGAACAACCAUUGGGUUGUUUCUGCCACUUGCUUAUGUUCUUGGUGGAUUUGCAAGAGGUGAUGAACAUGCAGUGCGUUCUGCGACACCGCAUCUUUUUCUGCUUUCUUUUCAGAUAUUGACUGAGAAUGUUAUUAGUGGUUUGUCUUUGUUUUCACCUCCUGUUAGAGCUUUGGUUCCUAUGAUUUAUACUACUAGAAGAAUCUUUGUUGAUAUUGAUUGGAUCAGUGAUGUUUGGCUCAACAAGACUUUGCCUGCCAAUGCUCGCAUUCAGGACACAGCAUGGUGUUGGUUUGGGAAGGGACUGGCAGUGGCAAACCUGGCUUAUUUCUCAAUCAAUCUAUGUGGUUUCUUGGUACCAAGGUUCCUUCCAAGAGCUUUUGAGAGGUAUUUCCAAGAGAGAGGUGAGGUUUAUGCUAAGACAGCAGAGGAUAAGAAAUCCGUGUCUUUCAACAGACCACAAUUGUCUGAGAAGAAGAUAGAUUAGUUUUGCAGAUUCAAUUUUAUGAUGUUAUUCGAUGUAUAUGAUAUAUAAGCUUUGAAUUUAAAUGUUGCACUUCAUUACAUAAUAUAUGGAAAUUAUAUGCAGCUUUGGUUUUGAGUUUUA